AUGAAUGUUCAAGCUCUUCAGGAUUAUCUGACAGUGAGAGGAAUAUCGGUGAGUGGAUACAAAAAAGCAGAAUUGAUUGCACGAGCAUUUUCCGCCACGGAAAUGGAUCUUCCAAUCAUUAUGAGUUGCAAUGAACAAACUAAAGUUUUAAAAAAUGACUAUGCGAAAAAACUUGAUGAGUUUGGUUUACCAGAUCUGAAGCUAAUCUCAGAGGAUCAGAAAAUUGAUAAUUUGACUACCUGGCCACCAGUCACUUUGGGACAAAUUUUUCAGUACAUACUUAACAAAAGGGAAUUCGACACUGAGUAUAUCGGCAAAUACAAGGACCAAAAAGCAUACAGCUAUUUUGACAGCGGCUUUGUUGGAGAAAUACUGACGAAUAAGACAGGCCCUUUCAUAAUUUUACUUUGUAAUGUAAGAGCGUCCAUGUCUAUAAAUGAAGAAAAAGAUCUUUUGGUUGCAACACAACCUGAUGGUAAAGUUCUUACUGCUUGGUGCUCUUGUAUGGCAGGUGCCAGUGGAUGUUGCAAUCAUAUAAUAGCAACAUUGUACAAAGUAGAAUAUGCUAACUCUCAAGGAUUUUGUUCUCCUGCUUGCACCUCUAUUCCCUGUGGAUGGAAUAAGUCAACAAAAACUAUUAUUGAACCUAAAAAGAUUGCUGACAUUGUUGUCAGAAAAAAAACUAAGGUCAAAACAAGCUACCAGUUCAAAUAG